AUGUCAAAGUGGUAUAUUGUCGAUACAUGUGAGUCUACAAUGGAUCUUGCAAACCAAUUAUGGACUCAAAAAGAGUAUGGCGAUGGUUGGAUAGUUCAGACAAAAGUACAAACAAAAGGAAGAGGUAGAGAAGAACGCGUGUGGAUAAGUGGUGAAGAAGACUUAAUGUUUACGCUUAUGGUUGAGGUUAAAGAAGAAAAAGUGCUCAGAAAAAUUGGAAUAAGUGCUUUGGUGUCGAUGGUACAGACUCUUCAAGAUGUGUAUCAAAUUGAAGUUAAAGGUAAAUGGCCCAAUGAUGGGUUCAUUAAUAAUAAAAAGUUGUUUGGGAUCUUAGUUGAAGCCAAUUACAUUGAAAAUAGUUUUCAUGUGAAUAUUGGAAUAGGUCUUAAUUUAAAAAGAAAAGGAAUAGAUACAGCAAUAAGUCUCGAAGAAGUAGGAAUAGUCACGUUUAAUACAAAAGACAUUGUGGAGAUAUUUAGAAACACUUUCUAUCGUAAUCUUCAUUUAGAAGAUGAGGAAUUGAUGAAUCAAUUUAAAAUAGUUGACAUGUUAUACGGAAAAGUGGUGAAUAUAUGCUCUGCAAAAGAUACUGAAAAGAAAUCGCUGGAAUGUGGUAAGGUAGUUGGAUACACUCAAGAUUGGAAAAUCAUAUUGGAGUCUGAGACAAAUGGUAACAUUCAACUUAAAGAAUUCGAUAGAGAAGAAGUUAUUCUUUAA